CCUCCAUCCACCGACCACUCAUCCAGCCCAUCUUAUCCCAUAACCACCGCAAACCUGCACUGCGUUUUCUCAUCCGACCGCAGUCCACCUCACCUUUCGCCUGUAUCAAUCGCCCUGCGAUCAGUAUUCGAUUCAUUCCAUCCUCAUUCUUCAGAGCACUGCGAACCCACCCUUCCUCGCUGACAUUGACCCACUGUCUGCAAAAAGAAAAAUCGUACGGUGUCAACUUGUGCCCUGCUCACGAAUCCAACUGCGUUGCCCGCUCUGCGCCGAGAAUACCCUCCUCAGCCCUGCCUCAUUGUGCCACAGAUCCCUCUAACAUCCGCCACGAUAACAACACCUCUCUUUGCUGAAGGUCCUUGUCCCCUGCGAUCCUCAUCCCGCCCUCUUCAAGUCCAAUUGGGACUCCUCUCGCUGAGCCCGUUUGUUGGCUGCCUCGGGGUCGAAAAUUCAAUUUUGCAGACUAGCAUUACCAUCUGCACGUCCUUCGAUACAUCGAUUUCCUUGAAUUUUCCCUCUUCCGACCGCACCUGGUCGCCGCCCGCCCUUCCCUUCCACCCCCUUGCCCCGCCCGCGGCGAUCCCACCAUGGCCGACCAAAAUGAGGUGGACCUCGAUUCUGUCAUCGAUCGCCUGUUAGAGGUCAGAGGAAGUAGACCAGGGAAGCAGGUUCAGCUGCUCGAAGCUGAAAUUCGCUAUCUGUGCACAAAGGCACGAGAAAUCUUCAUCUCCCAGCCGAUAUUGCUCGAGCUGGAAGCCCCCAUCAAGAUUUGUGGCGAUAUCCACGGUCAAUACUACGAUCUUCUUCGCCUGUUCGAGUACGGCGGUUUCCCUCCCGAAGCGAACUACCUCUUCCUCGGGGAUUACGUGGAUCGAGGCAAGCAAUCCCUUGAGACCAUCUGUUUGCUUCUGGCCUACAAGAUCAAAUACCCUGAAAACUUCUUCAUUCUGCGUGGCAACCACGAGUGUGCCUCCAUCAACCGUAUCUAUGGCUUCUACGAUGAGUGCAAACGUCGAUACAACAUCAAGCUAUGGAAGACAUUUACGGACUGCUUCAACUGCUUGCCUAUUGCUGCGAUCAUUGACGAGAAGAUCUUCACCAUGCAUGGAGGUUUGAGUCCAGAUCUGAACUCGAUGGAGCAAAUACGCCGUGUCAUGCGACCAACAGACAUUCCCGACUGCGGCCUUCUUUGCGAUUUGCUCUGGUCAGACCCGGACAAGGAUAUCACAGGCUGGAGCGAGAAUGACCGUGGCGUCUCCUUCACCUUUGGACCCGAUGUCGUGUCACGGUUCCUACAAAAACAUGACAUGGACCUUAUCUGUCGUGCACAUCAAGUGGUGGAAGACGGUUACGAGUUCUUCUCCAAGCGACAACUGGUCACCCUAUUCAGCGCUCCAAACUACUGUGGCGAGUUUGACAAUGCUGGUGCCAUGAUGAGCGUAGAUGAAAGUCUACUUUGCUCCUUCCAGAUUCUCAAACCUGCCGAGAAGAAACAAAAGUACGUGUAUGGCUCUAAGAGCCCAAGCGGGUCCACUCCUCCGUCUCGCAAAUUCAAAACCUAGUCCCUUCGACUCGGGCUGAUUCGAUCUCAUUGAUAGCAGGUUUGGAAGAAGAUAGGGUCACCUUCUGGCUUCCCCCUCGAUUCGGUCUUGCACUCGACCAGUGUCCUUUCCCUCCGGUUCCGAAGCAUGCGACCAACCGCCACCACUUAAUAUUUUCCACGCUCCCAUGGACAUCUCAUCUUUUUUGGACCUGCGAAAGACUUCACACUUGCUCAUUUUCAUCAAUACGUUGACUAGCCUCCGACUUGUCAAUUUUCGAGGUCGGACGCCAGUCCCCAGUAUCAACAGUGGACAAAACCAGUCAUCACCACAACGCGGCGGCAAUGUAUCGGGUCGAUUCGAGGUUCAAGGGCGAGUUGAUCUACUACUUUUUCAUGGGCUUACAAUGGAAAUGGGAUUACGGAUCGUGACGUUUCGUGGAAUGGGGUUGUGGUGCAUGAGACGUGGAGAAUUGCAUUUUUGACCACCAGAACUUGACCUCCUGUUCGCUGUGUCCGUGCAGAUAUGUGUUGUCUGUGCGAAAGAAGGAAAAGAGAUGUUGCUGGAGCGCAGGGCGCAAGGCGAGACUACUUUCCCCCAUUCCAAAUGUACCACGCAAAUGACGGGUUUUGCUUUCAUGCCUUUUCGAUGCGGUGACGAAGGAUGGACAAGAGACGCCCAUGGAAUGAUUGAAUGCACGGUGCAGAACAAGAAUAAAGCAGAUCAUACCACACGACACAACGCAGAGCAGUUAUGCAUCAAGUUAGCAGUUGAAUCCGCUCCCUCUGUAUCAAGAUGACUUCAAAUAGUAGUAUACUGCCGGCGCCUUGAUUUUGCUGUCUGCUAGUAUUGUACAAAAUAGAAAAUGUCUUGUUAUCAACCAAGAAUAGAAGAACACGGCAAGGUGAGCCAAGCGCAC